AUAAAUAUUGAUGUUUGUUUUUUCCCUCUAACCUCAAAUAAAUAAUGUGUUGAUCGAUUUUCGUUUUAAUUGUCGUAAACACUGCAAAGUAUGAUUACAAAUUGAAACAAGGAAUUGAUUGGUAUUGAAAAUGACGCGUUGUGAAAUAAAUGUGAUUUUUCAAGGAAAAGUAGCUGCUGUACAAAAUUAUGGAGCUUUUGUCGAAAUUCCUGGAUGUAAACAACAAGGUCUCAUACAUAAAUCUCAGGUGAGUUCAACAUGGGUUGAUGAUGUGAGUGAAAUAUUGAAACGUGGAGAAUCAGUCUGGUGCAAAAUUAUAUCGAUCGGAGAAGAUGGAAAAAUAGGAUUGUCUAUGAAAUUUGUAAAUCAAGGUAAUGGUAAAGAUUUGGAUCCGAAUGGCGUAGAACUUGACCGAGAAGAGCAAAGAAAAAAACCAAUGCCGAAGCAACGAAAGCCCAUCGAACUUCAAGCAGUCUUAAAUUCUAUUUGUAAAAGAUGUAAAUUAAAAGGUCAUUUUGAGCAUGAUUGUUUUACGCCAAUCGAUGGUAAAAAGUAUGAUAUACUCCCAGAGAUUGAAAAUGAACCAGUACAACCACCACAGCUUGUCCAGCAAGAAGUACCUGAAGAAAAAGCUCAGAAAAGUGAGAAAAAAUCAAAAUCUAAAAAAGUUAAAAAGAAGAAGUCGAAGAAGAAACGGUCUGUUAGCAGCAGUUCUGAUGAUAGCUCUUAUGAAGCGGAAAAGAGACAUAAGAAGAAAAAGAAGAAACACUCGAAACAAAAAAAAAGAAAACACAGUGAGAGUUCUAGCGAUUCGAGUGAUGAUUAUCGAGAAAAACAUUCUAAAAAAUGUAAACACUCUAGAUCUAAACCUUCCGACUAAUUUAAGAAUUGUUUUACUUAUAAUAUUAAUAAUAAUUUUAAUAUUAAAAUUAAAGAUACAAAACUUUAUUAUUUAUAUUUAAUUAUUAAAUAAAUUAAUUUACUUUUAAAUA